AUGGCAGCAAUCAGUUUCCUUCAACUUCCAACCGAAGUUACCCAGCAGAUCUGUAGCUGGGUCGAUCCAGGCGAUCUCUUGCGUGUGCGUCAAACAUGCUGUGAGCUCAACGAAAGAACCUUUCUUCUCUUCGCGCAGCGUUUCUUCGAGUCUCGCUGCGUCAUGAUCCUCCCAGAAAGCCUGGAAAACCUACACCAGAUAUCACAACACCCCGUGCUCAGCAAAGCCGUCCGCACACUGGAAAUCUCAACCUUGUACUUCGUGCCCCCUGAUGAGCUCAAACCACUUCUGGAACACGAGCAAGACGGCAGCGGCAGCUGGUACCGUACACCAGCCGUCGUGGCCUAUCAAGCCUACCACUCGGCUCAGCAAGAACUCCUAAAAGGCGACAUAAAUAUCCCACCCCUGACAGAUGCCUUGAAAGGCUUCACAAACUGCACCAGCAUCGGCACAGUUGACCUGCACACUCGUCUCCCUUGGGGCUUCAAGGUCCUCACACGAGGCCUCGAAAUCUGCUUUCCCACAAGAGCGGGUGGCUCCGACCAUGGACUAGAGCUGGAGAGCUUCAUCAACUCUCAAAAUGUCGCGCAGACGAGCCAGGAGAGCGGCCCCGGAGUGCUCGACCUCAUCGUCGGUGUCGUUAUGGGGCUAGCCAUGGAAUGUCACGUUCCGGUCCAACGUCUGAACAUCUUCUCCCAAGGCGACCCAGAUAGUGCCUGCCACGGUCUCUCUGAAUAUCACUCAUCGGAGCUGUCCAACGUCAACCGGCUCGAUUUCGUGCUUGUGUCGCCCAGUUGCACGUGCUGGGCACACGAUGGGGGCAAGGGAUGGAAGGAUGGCGUGAAGCUCAUAGGCUUGUGUCCCGAGCUUACGCACCUGCAGGUCUUCAUGACACACAGGCUCCGGUUCGCAAAUCUUUCCUAUAUUCACGCCCCGAAACUCACGACAUUCGAGCUACAUUGUAUGGAGUGUAGGGAUGCAGACAUAAUCGACUUCUUCCGCCGUCACCGAGAAACGCUUCGCAACUUGGGGCCCGGUUACCUCAAGAGGACUCUCAGUAAGCUUAUUGGUUUCUUUGAUAAGGAUAUAGAUGGCUCAGUUGCGAUGGUGGCCAUAUCCAACGGCAAGAUGUGGAAUCGCCAUCCAGUCCUACUCUGCCCUCGAAAUGAGGCGGGCGCCUAUGCCGAGACUACCAUCGGCGGCAUCUGGACGAUUCACGAGCCUGACUUGCGGCCGAGUAUUGUCAAGGAAUUUAUCCCAGGCUAG